GAAAACUUUCUCAAGAGAUAAACUAAUUUUUCAGUAAGAUAGUGUAUUAUCAUUGCUCCCACACUUAAGUCACUUUCGGUAUGGAUCACGAGUUUUUCACUGCUAGUCUUCUUCAGCGUAGUCUGGCAAGAAACAUUUUGGGUCAAAUGGGAGGGAAGUUGAACAAUCUAAUUCUUACUCUCUGGUUUAUUUUUCAGAUUCAAGCCCCAGCCGCUGAAAGUUGUAAGGAGCUGUACAACACAAAUGGAUCUGAUGUCAACAAGGCUUACCCUCUGAAGCUGGGGAAAAAGAUCCUUCCAGUUUACUGUCACAUGACAACACUUGAUGGAUGUGGGGGUGGUGGUUGGACUCUGGUGAUGAAAAUGGAUGGUUCAAAGGACACUUUUCAUUACAAUAAAUUAAUUUGGACCAACAAGCUAGGAUACAACCCGUCUGCUGGCUCGACUGGGUUUGACGGGAAUGAGACAAUGUUACCAACAUACUGGGAAAUGAAAUUCAACAGGAUCUGUCUCGGUAUGAAAAUCGGCAAAAGAGUCAACUUCAUCGCCAUCAACGAGCCAGCUUCCUCCCUUUUCUCUCUGAUCGCUGAUGGGAAAUUCCGCAAAACCUCACUGGGCAGAGAAAAAUGGAAGAUGCUGCUUCCUUCAAUUGCCUCACUACAAUCAAAUUGUAACCGGGAAGGAUUUAACACAUUUUGUGGAGGUUCUGGCGCCCUUCAACCCAGGGCUCGAAUCGGUAUCCUUGGUAACCAACAGAAUCACUGUUACGGCUGUGAUUCCAGGAUCGGUUUUGGUACUGGAGGACGUCCUGAUCACUGGAGCUCGUGUGGAAAUGUGGCAUCGCACGGAUGGGGAGCAGAUAAUGGUGGUAAAAACAUCAAAACUAUGGGCUACAUUUUUGUUCAAUAACAAAGAAAGCUCCUAUUUGGCUCCAAAAGGAGCGAACAGUUUUUUUUUAUCAAAAGCAAAGCAUAAGAGAGACUAUGAUUCUCAAGUAAUGUCUAAGAAUAAAUUAAUUAGCAAAUGUUUUGUCUUGAAUGGA